GUCCUUUGUACUUUUGAGAAGAAAAGUAAGAAAAGGUUGGGGGUUUUUCCCUGUAAACACUUGUGUCUCAUACCUUGGGGUGUUGGCUGGCUAAGGGAGUUAGCGCCAUCACGGAAGCAAUUUUGGAGCUGAAAGUUGCCCCGUGACAGUUGGUAUCAGAGCCAGGUUGCCUGAACAAUGGCUGGUGGAUCCAGUUUGGAUGCUGUUCGAGAUCGGGUAACAAUCAUCGAGCAGGUACUCGGUGAAGUCCCAGAGGAGUUGGAGCGCCCGGUGAUAUCCAAAUUGGAUGAGCUCGAGGAAAGGCUGAGCGCACUUCAAUCUCGGUUUGAAGAAGUAAGCGCUGUUCUAGCCUCUCGUGUUAGCAUUGCAGAGAGCAAAAUGGGAGCGCUCAAGACAGCAUUCUGCAGCCCGGGUGCAUUUGCUGCAGAACCAUCCCGCUCAAUGAAGGUGCCGGAGCCAAAGCCCUUCGAGGGGGAGCGUGAUGCUAAGGCCAUCAAGAAUUUCCUAUGGGACAUGGAGCAGUACUUUGUCACUGCAAGAGUCCCUGACAAAGAGAAGGUAACUCUUACUAGCAUGUAUCUAACCAAAGAUGCAAAGUUAUGGUGGCGCACCAGGUUAGACGAUGAUGCUAGUGCGGGCAGACCGAAGAUUGAGGCUUGGGAGACCCUUAAGAAAGAACAGAAGGACCAGUUCCUACCCUGCAAUACUUCAUGGUUGGCGCGGGAAUCCUUGAAAAAGCUGCGACAUGUGGGCUCGGUGAGGAGCUAUGUCAAAGAAUUCAGCUCGUUGAUGCUGGACAUCCGCAACAUGUCGGACGAGGACAAGCUAUUUAAUUUCCUGUCUGGCUUGCAACCGUGGGCACAGAUGGAACUCCGGAGGCGAGGCGUGAAAGACUUGCACUCGGCCAUGGCUGCAGCGGAUGGCUUGGUUGAUUUUCGCAUCAGUCAGCCUGUAGAGGGUACGGAAGGGACUAGCAAGCCCAAGUCCAAAGGCAGGGAGCCAGCUGCCCAAAAGAAAUCCAAAGGCCGAGAGAAUGGCCAAAGCAUUGGCAAGGCUAGCGCACAAGAGAAAGGUAAAACCAGUACUUUCUCUGGUUGUUUCAUAUGUAGUGGACCGCACAGGGCAAGGGACUGCCCGAAGAAGGAAAGACUCAAUGCCGUGGUAGAGGAGGAUGGCCGAGGUGAUGAUGCCAGCCCCUCACGCGUCAAUCCACUCCAACUCAUCAACGCAAUGCGAGCGGAGAGGAGCAUACCAUCCGGCCUGAUGUACAUGAAGGUCAAGCUGGGCAGAAAGGAGAUGUUGGCCAUGGCGGACACAGGCGCAACACACAACUUCAUGAUCGAGCGGACUGCGCAUGAGCUCGGACUGAAGGUGACCAAGAGCAGCAGCAAGAUCAAAGCUGUGAACUCUGCGGCUCGUGAUGUUGCUGGGAUAGCUGCUGGUGUUCAGGUAUCCCUUGGGUCUUGGACUGGUGUCCUCAGUUUCACUAUUGUUACAUUGGAUGAUUUUGAUAUCAUCCUGGGUAUUGAGUUCUUUGUGCAAGCAAAGGCAGCUUUGCUGCCGCAUCUGGGUGGGCUCAUGUUGCUGCACGAAGAAUACCCUUGCUUCAUCUCGUGUGUGACUAACCCUCCAGCAAAGAAUGGAGGAACAUCUGGUGCGAUGUUGUCAGCCUUGCAGGUAAAGCAUGGGCUGAGAUGAGGUGAAGCUACCUUCCUGGUGUCCUUGGUGGAAAGGAAGGAAGGAGUCAUGGUGGAAGUUCCCAAUGAAGUGGCUGACCUACUGCAGAAGUAUGCAGACCUCAUGCCAGUCGAACUGCCAAAGGAACUUCCACCAAGGAGAACAACUGACCCCAAGAUUGAGUUGGUGCCGGGGGUGAGGGCACCAGCCCAAGCGCCCUAUUGCAUGAGUCCCUUGGAGCUGGGGGAUCUGCGCAAGCAAUUGACUGAGCUGCUGGAUGCUGGCAUGAUCCAGCCUUCCAAAGCACCUUAUGGAGCCCCGGUGCUGUUUCAAAGGAAGAAGGAUGGCUCGCUGCGCAAGUGCAUGGAUUAUAGGGCCCUAAACAAGGUUUGCAUCUCGGAAAGAGAUGAAAGGGAAGACCACCUGUGUAACUCGUUAUGGAGUGGAGUUCCAGACAAUAAGACCAGCUGGGAGAAGGAGACUUCCCUCUGGUACCACUUCAUCGUGAAGACCGACAAUGUCACCAACACUUUCUUCCAGACGCAGCACAAACUUUCUGCCAGGCAGGCGCACUGGCAAGAGAUGCUGGCGGAGUAUGACUUUGCUUGGGAGCAUCGGCCUGGUAGGCAAAACCAGGUGGCCGAUGCAUUGAGUCGGCGCCAAACCGAAGAGGUGACUACUGCAGCAAUGGUGCAGAUCCAGGGAGAUCUACUGCAGCGAGUCAAGGAGCAAGCGCCAUCUGAUCCAGAAUAUCAAUGCUUGGUACAGCAAGUCCGUGAUGGCUUGGUGCGGCGUUAUUGGCUGGAAUCAGAUCUGCUGCACUCUAGAGGUAACAGAUUAUAUGUCCCUCUUGGUGCAAGAUUACGGGAGGAAAUCUUGAAGGAAUGCCAUGACAGCAAGUGGGUUGGUCAUCCGGGUCGCGAACGAAUGCUGGCUUUGGUGGAGCGCAGUUAUUAUUGGCCACGCAUGGAGCAGGAUGUCGAGGCAUAUGUCAAGACAUGUCUUGUGUGCCAACAAGACAAGGUGGAGAGGCAGCGUGCAGCAGGAUUGCUUCAGCCACUGCCCAUUCCAGAGAAGCCGUGGGUGUCAGUCAGCAUGGACUUCAUCAGUGGUUUUCCUUUGGUGGAUGGAAUGGCAUCAGUCAUGGUUGUGGUGGACCGAUUCUCCAAAUAUGGGGUGUUCAUCCCGGCCCCAAAAGCAUGCUCAGCAGAGGUGGCUGCAGAGCUCUUCUACAAACAGGUGGUCAAGUACUUCAGCUUGCCGAAGGACAUUGUGAGCGACCGUGAUGCGCGCUUCACAGGGCGGUUUUGGACGGCACUCUUCAGCUUGAUGGGGACCAAUCUGAAGUUUUCCACCGCCAAUCAUCCUCAAACGGAUGGCCAGACGGAGAGAGUCAACGGCCUACUUGAGGAGUAUCUGUGGCACUUUGUCACAGCCAACCAAAAGAAUUGGCUGGAAUUGAUGGACUCAGCGCAGUUUUGCUACAACCUGCACAAGUCUUCGGCCACAGGUAUGAGCCCUUUUGAGUUAGCAAUGGGGCAUCAGCCCUUAACUCCUCAUGAAGUUGCCAGGAGCAGAUCAUAGGGUAGGUGCCCAGUGGCCUACCGAUAUGCACGAUCGAAGCAGGAGCUUUUUGAAGCAGCGCAAGACAGUCUUCACAAGACAGCUCGACGCAUGAAGAAAUAUGUAGAUCGAGGAAGGCGUGGCCGAGAGUUCCAGGUUGGGGAUCAGGUAUUGCUGAAGCUGACUCCCCAGAUUUGGAAGAAAAUCAAUAGCAAGAUGGUGCAUCGGGGUCUAGUUCCCAAGUACGACGGGCCAUUUGAGAUCGUCAAGAAGGUUGGUGCAGUAGCAUACCGAUUACAACUGCCCGCCAGAUUGAAGAUCCAUCCGACUUUCCAUGUGAGUUUCUUGAAGCCAUUUUACCAAGAUGGAGGUGAAGGAGUGCCUUCAUGGCGACAGAUGAAGCGUGCCCCUCCGACAAUCAGAACGGAGUACACACGCGAGGUGGAGAAAAUACUUGAUCGCCGGGUCUUGGGGCAAAGCAAGAAGAACAGGAGGGCGGAGUACUUGGUGAAGUGGAGCGGACUUCCAGACAAUGAGACCAGCUGGGAGAAGGAGACUUCCCUCUGGCAAUUUGAGCAGCAGGUACAUGAGUUUUUAGCUUCCCGGCCAACAGGGACGUUGGCUUCAUCAAGUGGGGGAGGUUUGUCACAGGGCUGAAGCCA